AUGGCACGCUACCGCCAAUAUCACAAUACCACUUCACUCGAUCAAACCAAGCCAUGGGGCUAUUCUCGGGGUCUGCAACUCGCUCGAGUCGAGCAGAUCCGUCUUCGAUCGCUCCGGAUGCACCGGGACGAGAACGUUUAUACCGGCGUUGGCACGCGCAAGCUUAGGCCGCGGCUUGACACCGCAACCGAGCGCGCGGGCUAUACCGGCAAACGUACGUUCUGGCUGGAGGCACCAUCCAUCCUCCUAGCUAAGUAUGAUCCGGACAAACGCCUUGAGGCGUUCACCCACACGUUGCUGCAUCAGAUCUGCACGUGGCGAUACAAGGCGUGGUUGGUGCAGACGCAGGACUUACUGCCGCCGACCCAAUGGUACCCGGGCAUCGCUGCUCAGGGACCGGGCCGUCAGGCUGCCAGGUGGGCAAUCCAACCUAAAAGGACACGUAUGACGCCAGAGCCGGAGUUGUUCCGGCGGGCCGACUUGUCCCUGGAUUCCGUUUCACGGGAUUACAGGGAGGCGGUCACUGGUACGCCAAUCCCAAGCCAAGGAUUCUUUGCUUGGGAUAAUCAGUCGGUCCGCACCUGGAGAGGUGAGGAGGUGCAGCGGUACGUGAACCUGCUGACACAUGAGGAGGCGGACUUGGAGCCCAGGUCUCUGGACGGCGAGGAUAGGUGGUAG